UCUACAUCUACAUCAGAGCCAACAACUACAUCAUUGUCAUCUUCCAUGGCAUCCACAUCAGAGACAAGCACUUCUUCCACAAAAAUAACGACUCCAACCACAUUUACCACUUCUACUGCAUCCAUGCAAGAGACGAGUAGUGGAUCUACAGAAACAUCUCCAGAUACUUUGUCACCCAAAAGUACAUCCACUCCAUAUUUAACCACUUUAUCUACACCAGCAGCAACAACAAAUACUCUGACCACUGUGACAUCACCUACAUCACAGACUACAAAUUUGUCCUCACCAACGUCAGAAAGUUUGACUGCAUCUAUCGCUGAGCCAACAACUACAUCGUUGUCAUCUUCCACCGCAUCCACAUCAGAGACAAGCACUGCAUCCACACAAAUAACGACUCCAACCACAUUGACCACUUCUACUGCAUCCACGCAAGAGACCAGCAGUGGAUCUACAGAAACAUCACCAGAUACUCUGUCACCUAAAAGUACAUCCACUCCAUAUUCAACCACUUUAUCUACACCUGCAGCAAGAGCAACUACUCUGACUACUGUGACAUCACCUACAUCAGAGACUACAAAUUUAUCCUCACCAACAUCAGAAAGUUUGUCUACAUCUACAUCAGAGCCAACAACUACAUCAUUCUCAUCUUCCACCACAUCCAAAUCAGUGACAAGUACGGCAUCCACACAAAUGAUGACUCCAACCACAUUUACCACUGCUACUGCAUCCACGCAAGAGACGAGCAGUGGUUCUACAGAAACAUCUACAGAUACUCUGACAUCUAAAAGUACAUCCAAUCCAUAUUCAACCACUGCAUCUACACCAGCAACAACAGCAACUACUCUGAUCUCUUACAUCCACUCCAUAUUCAACCACUUUAUCUACACCCGCAGCAACAGCAACUACUCGGACCACUGUGACAUCACCUACAUCAGGGACUACAAAUUUGUCCUCACCAACUACAUCCAAACCAUAUUCAACCACUGCAUCUACACCAGCAACAACAGCAACUACUCUGAUCUCUGUUACAUCACCUACAUCAGUGACUACAAAUUUGUCCUCACCAAUAUCAGAAAGUUUGUCUACAUCUACUACAGAGCCAACAACUACAUCAUUGUCAUCUUCCACCACAUCCACAAAAACUACAAAUUUGUCCUCACCAACAUCAGAAAGUUUGACUGCAUCUACAUCAGAGCCAACAACUACAUCAUUCUCAUCUUCCACCACAUCCACAUCAGUGACAAGUACGGCAUCAACACAAAUGAUGACUCCCACCACAUUUACCACUGCUACUGCAUCCACGCAAGAGACGAGCAUUGGUUCCACAGAAACAUCUACAGAUACUCUGACAUCUAA